GAUUCUCGUUGGCUCAUAUGGUCGCUGUCCACACCUCACCUUACACCAGACCCACAUGCCAGCCUGAGUUUGCGUGCGUAUUUAUCCCCGCGAGCACGCGUCGGGAGCGCAAAGAGGGCGCACCGGUGUCAGUUUGCUCCAGCCCCUUUGUAGCGGUCGGUCGCUGGUGGCUGCGCGCAAGGCGUCUAGAAGCAGAAAUUGGGGAGUGGAAAUUCCGCCGUUACUUUCACGUCUUCCUGACAUUUCUGCUGCGGCGGUCAGUCAGAAGCUGAGAGCGGAGAGAGGCGGAGAAAGAGCUGAGCUGAAAUAAGGAGUGAAGAUCUGUAGAGCGGCGCUCCGAUGUUCUCCGCGGCUGGGUUUCCUCUGAAUACCGUUUAACUAGUGAUUUCUCUUUUUCCAUUUCUCACUUGGAAGUAUGUCUGUCGCUCCCGUUUGGUGUCAGGAGUGAGAGGUCGGAGCAAGAGUCGCAAGCUCACGGCUGCCACUUUUGACGAUCGGAUUUUUCCUUUUGAUUCUUCGUCUUGUUUUCUGCAUUUGGAUUAAUUUUUUUUUUUCCCCAGGAGAUGCCAAGUUGUUCCCUGACAGACGCAGGGCUCUGCUGCUGAAGCUCACAGGAUGCUGGGGACCCUACAACAACCAGAUUUCUUACUUUGAGACAAAUUUCGGUUAUUUUUCCUGUGUGGACGUAAACUCUGGACGUUUAUCCACCCGUUUGCCUUUAUUUUUUAUUAUUCAUUUUUAUUUUCUUUUUUUUUUUCAUUUUAACAAAUGUCUGUCUUGUGCUAUCUAAUAAGGAUGCGUAGUGGAUUGCUAUUGUUCCUUUUCGCCCAAGUCUUCUUGGUUGCUUCGUUGACACAGACUGAUAAAUGCGGGGGGAGCAUAGAGAUACACGCCGCGGACUACCUGACCUCCCCGGGCUAUCCCAGCGCCUACCCACCCUCCCAGCAGUGCGUAUGGGUGAUUACCGCCCCUGAAGCGGGUCAGAAGAUCCUCAUCAACUUCAAUCCGCAUUUUGAUCUGGAGGACAGAGACUGCAAGUACGACUAUGUGGAAGUUUACAAUGGCGGCGACGAGUCUUCGCCCAUGUUGGGAAAGUUUUGCGGGAAAAUCGCACCGUCUCCGAUCAUCUCCACCGGCGGGCAGCUCCUCAUCAAGUUUGUCUCCGACUACGAGACCCACGGGGCGGGAUUCUCUGUUCGCUAUGAGGUCUUCAAGACAGGUCCUGAAUGUUCCAGAAACUUCACGGCUCCCAGUGGAGUCAUCAAGACACCGGGCUUCCCUGAGAAGUAUCCCAACAACCUGGAAUGUACCUUUAUGAUCUUUGCCCCCAAGAUGACAGAGAUCGUGGUGGAGUUUGAUAGCUUCGACAUGGAGCCUGACACCACGCCGCCACCGGGCGCCCUCUGCCGAUACGACUGGCUGGAGAUCUGGGACGGCUUCCCUGCAGUGGGCCCUCACAUUGGCAGAUACUGUGGCCAGACGUCCCCGGGCCGAGUGAUCUCCUACACGGGCAUCCUGUCCAUGACCAUCACCACUGACAACGCCAUCGCCAGAGAGGGAUUCUCUGCCAACUACACCAUCCGCGAGAGGACCCUCCCCCCAGGACACGAAGACGAGGAUUUUGCUUGUAUGGAGCCACUGGGCAUGGAGUCUGGGGAAAUUUCCUCUGACCAGAUCACCGCUUCCUCCCAGUAUAACUCCAACUGGUCCCCUGAACGUUCCCGCCUCAACUACCAAGAAAAUGGCUGGACACCCUCAGAUGACAACACGCGGGAGUGGAUACAGGUGGACUUGGGGUUCCUACGAUUUGUCAAAGCCAUCGGGACGCAGGGUGCCAUCUCUAAAGAAACCAAGAAGCACUACUACGUUCGCACAUACAAAGUGGACCUGAGCUCCAACGGAGAGGACUGGGUCACCGUGAAGGACGGCUCAAAGCCGAAGAGCUUUCUGGGGAACUACAACCCCACAGAUGAAGUUCGCAGCCAUCUUCCCAAACCCACUCUGGCUCGCUACAUUCGUAUCCGCCCUACGUCCUGGGAGCAAGGCAUCUGUAUGCGCUUCGAGAUCUACGGCUGCAGAACAUCAGACUACCCGUGUUCAGGGAUGUUGGGGAUGGUGUCUGGCCAGAUCUCAGAUGCUCAGAUCAGUGCCUCGUCCUACGCUGACCGGGGCUGGGUGGCCGAGAACGCGCGUUUGUUGACGGGAAGGUCGGGCUGGACCGGACAGUCGACAAAGCAGCCUUUCAAGAAUGAGUGGCUGCAGGUGGAUCUGGGCCAGGACAAGAUAGUGACCGGUGUGGUGAUCCAAGGAGGGAAACACCGUGACAGGAACGUCUUCAUGAAGAAGUUUAAGGUGGGCCACAGCCUGGACGGAGAGGAGUGGACCAUGGUGAAGGAGGAGAACACCACCAGGGUCAAGGUAUUUUUGGGGAAUCAGAACCAUGACACCCCUGAGCUGAGAUCCAUGGGUCCACUUAUUACCCGCUUGAUCAGGAUCUAUCCGGAGAGAGCCACCAUCGAGGGCGUGGGCCUCCGUUUAGAGCUACUGGGCUGCGAACUGGAGGAAAUAACAACUACAGCACUUCCCACCACCCCACUCGCAUCUACGCCUCCCAUGACCACAUUUGGUGCGACCACCACAGCACCGAUCACCAACCCCGGCACGACAGCAAUUAUAGAGUGUGAAGAUGGACGGCUGGACUGCAUCACUGAAACCGAGACCCCCGAAUACGACGAAGGAGGCACCACGUCCACCAACCCCAUUAUGGAGUUCAUGCCAGCUUACUUGUGGUUCGCCUGUAACUUUGACUUCUCGUCGUUCUGCGGCUGGACCAGAGAGACCGGUACAGGAGCUGAGUGGAUCAUCCAGGCCAACGGGGCUCCUGCUGUCCACAGAGGACCACCCCUUGACCACAUGGGCCAACCUGGGAACUUCAUUUACAUGCAGCUGACUGACUCGGACACACCAAGUAAAACUGGUGAAGAUGAGGACAAAGAAGAGAAGGUGGCGAGGUUGGCCAGCCUGCCCAUCACCUCUCCAGACUCUGACCUGUGCAUGUCGUUCUGGUAUCACACGGUUGGUGAACACGCAGGAGCGCUUCACAUCAAACACAGGAAGGAGACAGAGGAGGGGGAGAUCCUGUGGACGCUCAGUGGCCAUCAGGGCAGCCGGUGGAGGGAGGGACGAGUUAUACUGCCACACUCAAGCGUCCCCUAUCAGGUGGUGGUGGAAGGCAUCGCAGACCGACGCAGCUUAAGCUACAUAGCUGUGGACAACAUCCAGAUCAUGGAUGGAGUCAGAGCUGAGGACUGCAAAGAUCCAAAACCUGCUACAUCUCCACCAACAGAGAUCUUCAUUCUGCCCAUGGACACCUACUCACAAGAAAACAGUCCACUCGGCAGCCCAGGAAACAUGCUGAAGACCCUGGACCCGAUCCUCAUCACCAUCAUUGCCAUGUCAGCUCUGGGUGUCUUCCUGGGCGCCAUCUGCGGUGUUGUCCUGUACUGUGCCUGCUCACAGGGCAGCAUGACAGACAGGAACUUAUCUGCCCUUGAAAACUAUAACUUUGAGCUGGUAGAUGGUGUGAAACUAAAGAAGGACAAGAUAAACGGACAGACUAACUACUCAGAGGCGUGAGUUUGAAACGGGGACGGAGCUGCAGUUGCUCCGCAUGGACACGUUCGAUGCAGCCAAUCAAGAAAGUGGAACACAGGGCUGAAGCCACCAAUGGGACGGCAGGGUGGGCUGAAAAGUGAGCCGAUGUAAUUUUAUUUCUCAGGAGCAGCAGUGGAAGGGACUCACCUAUAGGGGGCACUGUGUAUAAAGAAUCUGUACAGCAAAAAAAAAGAGAAAAAAAAGAACUAAGGAUUCUAUUUGUUUUUCGGCGUGCUUUGUUGAUUUCAUGUAAUCACAUGCUGGUGUUGAGACCAAUUCAGAUGAAAGUAUUAUUUGUGUACUUUAUUGAAAGAUAAGAUCUGUUUUUUUGUUUUUGUUUGUUUGUUUGCUUGGUUUUUUGUUUUGUUUUUUCCUCUUUUGUUGUUUCAGAUGUCAUUGUUACACAGAACAGGCAGACUAUUUGAAAUAUGCUAUUGUGAUAUCUGGCUCUUGUUGGCCGUAUGUCCCCGUCCCCAUGUGUGCAUGAAAGUGUGUAUGUGUGUGUGUGUCACAUUCAUACACAUCUGUAUAUACGGUGUGUAUGGGUAGUAGUCUGACUGUAGAGGUGUGUAUCAUUACAGUCAUGUUUGUGUACAUGAUCAGCAUGCAUCUGUGUGUGUGUGUGUGUGUGUGUGUGUGUGUGUGUGUGUGUGUGUGUGUGUAUGUAUGUGUGCAAAGCGGGGACCCGUCCCUGCCUGUUGACCUGCGUCUAGUUCCGACAGUGCCUUUUUUUUUUUCCUCCAGUUUUUCUGUUGCCUUUUUUUCUGCUGGUUGUUUUCCCAUCAGCCAAUGUUCCAUCUGGGGUUCCUACACGGAUGUGAAAAAAAAUGGAAAAAAUAACUUUUCCACAUUGUGAUAAUAAACCUACAAACUUUUUAAUGUUGUAGUGUGUUGUCAAAUAUCACACGUCUUGGUGUAGCUCUGUAGAUCCUCAUGCCUCAAUGACACUGACACACUUUUAAAAUCUAGGCGACAUUUAGAAAAGCUUGUGAAAUCUAUGGAAUUUUCCAGAUGGAAAAUGUGUAGGAGCCCCGAAUGCCUCAUUUUCAUGACACAUCCAACAUAUUGUACAUAGGUUUUAAUAUAUUUGAGCGCCCUCUUUAAAGAGAAAGACACGAGUGCUGCAGCAUCCUUUCUAUGCUGAAAGAAAUGUCACUGUUUAUCAUUUGGAUUUUGAUAAUGUAUAGAAAAACAAAGAGAUACAGACCUGUUGUUUGUGUGGUUUUUGAAUUUAAUUGUUCCCUGGUUUUCACUUCUGUUUUUACAGACAUGGAAAUGAGAUUAAGGAGAAAAGUAUCAGAUAUGCCUUGAAAGAAGAGAUGACGGGUUUUUUUGUACAGGGUAACCUCAGUACCAUAAAGAUGCUGACAACAAAUUGAGGAUGGAUUGUUAAGAUUAUUUUUGAAUGCCACUGGCACACAAUGAGACUGCUAGAUCUUUAAGCAGAAGUGUGCCCAGUGGUCUGGGAGCCUUGUGAUGGACAAGCAUUUCUUUAGGGUCUAACAGCAUCUAUUAUUGAGCAGACAGGUUUCAUUUUCAGAUAGGACUUAAGAAUUAACAGCUGGAAAUUUAAAAUUGUUUUCACUUUAAAAAAAAACUUAAAAUGAGGGGUUUCUUUAGAUUUGGUUUUGUAUUUCUAUUUCAUAUGGUUUGUACUUGGUCUUUAAUUUGCAUUUAAUGUGCAAACAUUCUGACUUAAUGCUCCUUAAGUUGGGGCAAAAUAUACAUGUAUAAAACUUACUGAAACCCAGUAGUGUGAUUGACUGACAUUUUGCCUUGUUUAUUUCCUGUUUUUACUGCACCAUGAGUGGUAACUCUACCUAUUUUUAAUGUAGCAUUAUGAGACAUCACCCAGCUCAAACUGAGAAGUGCUCACCUAAGUAUCAGUUCUCCAUGUUUAAAUGUCUUUUCUCUGUAGCCUUUCAGUAAGCAUCCACAAUCAAAUAAAGUGUGCUGACUGUUGAGGCAUUCAUGCUUUAUUAUUACAUGUUACUCUUCAUCCUCUUGCUAAAGUUUUACCUGUACAUUCAUAACAGGAGAAAUAACCAGACAAGAUAUCCUCCCCCUUUAAACUUAAAAGGAUGCUGCAGCACUCAACGUGAAAACAAAUGUUGCACUGAUAUAUUUAAAAAAAAAAAAAAUCUACGUGUUUAUGAUGUUGAUUUGCAAAAAGAGAGGAAGGAGGGAAGAGAGGACAAUGUUAUUGUUGCUUCUUUUUAACACGGUUUCAGAAGACUACGUUAUAAUUCUGAAAUGUACAAUUUACAGAGAUGUUUUUCAUUCUCGAAAAAGCUUAUAUGCGUCUCUUUGAAAAGUAACAAUUUUAUUUACUUGGUAUAAUAUCACCUUGUGUUUUUGUACUGUCACUGAUGUACGUGCCAAUGUUUUAUUUUUUUUCUUUGUAUGACAAGAAAAAUGUUUUAUUUUCAGUACCGUUUUCUGUAAUUUUGCUGUCUCAAAUCUAGAAAAAGAACGGAAAUGAGGAAGUUAAAAAAAACAUUGGAAAGCAGUGAGGCCUUACGUGACUAAUAGUAUUGUUUGUACUUUGACUUUCUGGUCAACACUCAGACUCAUCUGUCUCUGUUGUCUCAGACGCUCAUCAUUGACUAUUACAUUCCAAAGAAUUGGAUCAAAUAAAUGUUUUAAUUAAAA